UCGUUAUAGAGAGAUGGAUAGUCGAUGUGUGUACAUGAUCUGAGGAAAAAAACUCUGACAUUUAAUGUGUUAUGUGACGGUGAUAGGAUUUGUGAAUAUAUUACUACAUAUCAUAUAUACGACUCAUCUAUAGUAUACAGGCCGGACUUCGUCAGUGGUCAAACGGUGGUCAGUUGGUACAUAGUAUUGCAGAUCGUGUUCUUCUGGUGGUUAUAUUUGACAAAUGGGUGGAGUAGGGGAAUCCCCGAAGGGACUGGUGGCGCUGCUGAUGAUAGCGGUGGGAUUCGUACUCAACACCGUUGGAUUCGCCGCCCCAUACUGGGUGACGGCGGCAGGUGGUUCGCGCUUCGGCUUGUGGAUGUACUGUGAUUUCCUUGACAACUGUCACCAGUGGGAUUCGGACGGUAUCACUUUUGCAAAGUUUGACCAGAUCAGAGCUUUUGAAGGACUUGGAUUCGUUGGAACCCUGGUGGUGCUAUUUUGCACCGUGCUGUACAUGUGCGUGCCAAAAGUUUCAGGAAACAAAAUACUUGGAAUUCUUGACGUAUUGGUUUGUUUUGCAUCAGCUGGUGCCAUCAUAAUUGGUGUUAUUAUCUUUGGAUCGGAACACAGCAAUCUGGGCUGGGCCUUCGGACUUUCUACAGCUGGAGGCGUUUUGUUUGCUUUGGCCGGAGUUCUGAUUAUUCUUGCAAUGUGUCGAAAAUAAGAACUUGUUCACGUAUUCUUCUAUAAAUCAUUGGACAUUAUAUAUGAUAAUCGUACCAUUGGGUACACAUAUCCCAAGAUGGCGUUAACCUCAAACGCUUAGUAUGUUUACACGCCUAGUUUUACAUCAAAAAGCGUUUUAAUAUAAUCUUUUGUAAGGUAUUGUCUGGUUAACGAUGUUUGGAAUGUAAUUAACACAGAAAUGACAACUAUAACACGUAUUCACAUUGAAAUUUUCAAUACGACGGGAACACGGUGUCAGCACGUGAUAUUAUGUAAAUUAUGUAGCAAACAAUACAUUUAUAUAUAGUCAUCUAGCUAAUGCCUUACAAAAGCACAUUCAAACACUGUUUUGAUGCAAAACUAAACGUGCAAACAAUCAAGUUUGUCGCCAUUUUGCCAUGUGGUACGAUUAUCACAUUACUACAGUGAUACAGGUUCUCCGAAGUAAAACUCUAAGAGGAAGUAGAAUCUCCAGCGAGUAGGAUGCGUCCUCGGAGAGUGUUACAGGAAAUAGCACCUUAGAGAGUAUGCUAAUUGGAUGACGACACGAAGAAUAUCAUGUGUUUAGUAUUUUAUCUGAUAAAUCUGAUCGUCAGUAUGUGCUUUCACAUCACCGUAAUACAAUCAUUGACUGCGAAUCUGGCGAAAAUCAACUGAUGCUAAUUAAAACCAUUUUUUAAAUCUAAAUUCAUUUGAUGAUGUGUAAUUUUUCAUUCCAAAUUUUAAACGUGUGAUGCCAUUUUCACUUCUCUAACAGUACAAGAAGCGUAUUCAUAUCUUAAAUAUGUUGUACAGAAUGUCUGAUUAAAUAGAUAUCGAUGGAUUGAUUUUAUGUAAUUUCUCAUCAAAAUACGUAUCGUAAUGCGAAUGUCUACCCAAGAUACUAUUCUAAUGCGAAUAUCUACCCAAAAUACUAUUCUAAUGCGAAUGUCUACCCAAGCUACGUAUCGUAAUGCGAAUGUCUACCCAAGAUACUAUUCUAAUGCGAAUGUCUACCCAAGCUACGUAUCGUAAUGCGAAUGUCUACCCAAGAUACUAUUCUAAUGCGAAUGUCUACCCAAAAAACUAUUCUAAUGCGAAUGUCUACCCAAAAUACUAUUCUAAUGCGAAUAUCAACCCAGGAUACGUAUCGUAAUGCGAAUGUCUACCCAAGAUACUAUUCUAAUGCGAAUGUCUACCCAAGCUACGUAUCGUAAUGCGAAUGUCUACCCAAGAUACUAUUCUAAUGCGAAUGUCUACCCAAGAUACUAUUCUAAUGCGAAUAUCUACUCAAGAUACGUAUUCUAAUGCGAAUUUCUAAUCAAGAUAUGUAACUUAAGUGUUUAUUCAAGAUAAGAAUAGUAUAGUGAGUUUUGUUAAAGAUACAUCUGAUGUGUUUAUCGUUUAAAUCAAAUUAACGAAUGUUUGAAAAUACGUAUUAUUUUGUGUGUGUUUUAAUCAAGUUACAUUUCAAAAAAAUAUAUUGACCAGUUCAUCUAAGAAGGUGGUAUACCUAAGUACUGAGAUAUGGAUUAUCAGUGCAUUGUACCUCAUUAAAAUAAUCUUUGCCAUCAUUUUGGCUAGGUUUUUAAAACUGUAUAAGUGAAGAAAUUUGAAAAUGAUAAUAAAAGAUGAAGAAAAUUGUUUUCCGGUAUUGUGUGAUAUUUUAGGCAAAAACAUCUUCUAUAACGCUUGAAAAUUUUAUUUUAUAAUAAUGAUCAAUAUCUAAUGAGAAAAAAUAUUGGAUUUUGAAAAAAAUGGUUAGAAAAAAUGCUUCUUUCAUCAGGUAUGAAAAUACAAUGUACAUUUGUUUGGUUUGUUUACAUGUUUGUUUAUCAAAGUUUAAAAAAAACUUAUAGAUAACUGGAUGUGUUUCUUUUUUGUUACGUUUAAAUCGGAGAACUGCCAACCCAAUAUUAUUGGGAUUCGGAAUCAAGGAAAAGCUA